AUGAAACUUAUCGCAGUCUUCGCUUUGGUUGCCGCUGUGGCUACAGCUCAACCCGUUGAUCCUCAGAAUGAGCGUAUCUUUAACAUCAUCGGUGCAAUCAUUAAUGCUUUGAAACCAAAUCCACCAAUUUCCGUUGGCCCAGCCAUUGUUGAGGAUUACCCUAUCUCUGUUGGCCCCGCCAUCGUUGAUGAGAGCCCUAUCUCUGUUGGUCCCGCCAUCGUUGAUGAGAGCCCUAUCUCAGUUGGCCCAGUCGUCGUAGAAGAGAACCCUAUCUCUGUUGGCCCAGUCAUUGUUGACGAUUUCCCCAUUUCUGUUGGCCCCGCCAUCGUUGAUGAGAGCCCUAUCUCAGUUGGCCCAGUCAUUGUUGACGAUUUCCCCAUUUCUGUUGGCCCCGCCAUCGUUGAUGAAAGCCCUAUCUCGGUUGGCCCAGUCAUCGUUGAUGAGAGCCCUAUCUCCGUUGGCCCCGCUAUUGUUGAAGAGGCCAAGCCAAGCCCAAUUUUUCCUUUCCCAAUUGACCUAAAGUUCCCACUCGUUCAAGUUGUCGUGAACGUUAACUCUGGAUCGGCGGCACCUGCUCCUGUAGAGAAACCUGCAGAAAUCGAGCCUACCCCAGUGAUUGUUGUAGACCAGCCUGAGGUCCCUGAGCCAAUCAUCGUAGCACCGAUCGAGCUGCCAGAAAUCGAGCCAACUCCAGUGAUUGUCGUCGAGCAUCCCGUGAUUCCCGAGCCAGUCAUCGUCGCUCCUAUCGAAGUAGAACCCGCCAUCAACCUUCCCGACGAGCUUAACUAA